AUGCCGUUUCGCAUUGUGAUCGUUGGAGGUGGCAUCGCUGGCCUUACCGCGGCGAUUGCCCUGCGAGCGCCAAACCGCAGCAUCAUCGUGCUGGAGCAAUCUCGUCUCAACAAGGAAAUUGGGGCCCUUAUUUCACUGCAACCGAAUGCAUCGCGGAUUGUCGAGACGACGUGGGCACUGAAGAAGGAGCUGCAUGGCGAGGCGCGGGCCAUUGUCGACGAGGGCUUCCGCAUCUACAACACCGAGGGCCACCUCGUCAAAUCGCUGCCACUGCUGACCAAGACCGAGUACGGUGCGGACCGGCUGUGCUUCCAUCGGCGAGAUCUACAUGACAUGUUGAAGAAGGCAGCUGUUUCGCCUGAUCGCGCGGGAAAUCCGGUAUGCGUGCGAACGGCGUCGAAGGUGGUGGACUGUGAUCCGCUGGAGGGGACGGUGAUGUUGGAUGGGGGCGAGGUGGUGAAGGGCGACUUGAUUAUUGGAGCAGAUGGGAUCGUUCUCCGCAAGCACAUUCUUCACAAUGAGCCAUCGGCUAUGCCGUCAGGGCAUUCUGUACUAAUGAGACUCGCAGCAUAUCGCCUUAUGAUCCCCACCGAUGUCUUAGAAAAGGAAGAACCCGAGUUCUGCUCCAAAAUCAACCCUCGCGACCCCUUCACGUCCAUGAUGGUAGCACACGACUGUCGACUGGUCAUGGGCCCCGGGCGAGAGGGCGAGGUCUAUGGGAUUGUGGCGCUGGUACCGGAUGAGCAAAUGAACGAGGACCCCAAUGCAAAACAAUCGUGGGUGUCGGAGGGGGGCCUGGCAAAGAUGCUGACCACUUUCAAGGAGUAUCCAUCGUGGGUGACUAGUAUUUUCAAGUGGGCAUCCCCUUCUUUCCAUAAGCGGACUCGUCUAAUCUCUUCUAGGCAUUCUGCGAGUCUUGGUCUUUGGCAAUUGCGGGAUUUGGAUCCUCUUGAACGAUGGCAUCAUGGACGUGUCAUUCUCAUUGGAGACGCCGCGCAUGCCAUGUUGCCCACGCAGGGACAGGGCGCCAGCCAAGCAGUAGAAGAUGCCGAGGCAUUAGGCUCGUUCUUCGAGGGAGUCACCGAGGCACCUAGCCCCGAGGAGAUUGCUCGAACCCUCGAAGAUGUCUUCCAAGCACGAUUCUCCCGAGCCAGUCUGAUCCAGGCGUAUAGUCGUCAGGCUGCCAGGCCGGCCACUGCGGAGAAUGACAGCAGAAAGGUGACCAUGAAACCGGACGAGUUUAUGGACUACAACUGCAUGUACCGGGGGGCGCGGGCAUGGAAGCAGCAAAUCACGCAUCAUCGCUGUUCGCACUGCGACAAGGCCUAUGAGCGGCCCGAUCACCUCGCGCGGCACUUGGAGUCUCAUCGCAACCAGCGCGUGUUUCAGUGUCCGAUCUGUCAGCGCGGAUUUAAUCGACGCGAUGUUCUGCGGCGACACCAGGCGGUUCACGAGCGAGAAGCUAGCGAAGGUAAGACGACGCAUCGGCCGGCGAGGGAGCGCGCGGCCGAGGCUUGCGAGUCAUGCGCGAACGCGAAGGUGAGCUGUGAUAAUCAACGACCGUGCAAGCGAUGCCAGACAAAACAAGUCCAAUGCGUCGCCCGCGUAUCGAAAAGCUCACGGCGACUGAGAGACCGCACAGCAUACACAAUCUCGCUACAGUCAUACUCACCUCAACCAAAUACAACCGGUCAAGGAUCAAUAAAUCCACCAACUCUUCCCAAUUUCGCCGCAACGCCCGAUUCCGGCCCCUCGGAAUUCAGCGUCCCACCAGCCUCGGCCUCGUACUCGGGGAGCAGCCAUGAAGUCUUCGAGUCGAGUAUGGCAUCACAGAACGAUCUAGAUCUCGACCCGUUCAUCUCACAGCGAGACAUCGAUAUCUACUCGAAUCUUAAUAGUUUCCCCGCAUUUUUCGAGCAGGUCAUGCUCCCAAAUCUGGGGGCGGAGGAGUCUGUGCCGGGAACGCAGCAGCCGCGAGUAUUUGAUUUCAUGCAGGAUACUGAUUUUACCCUCGCUGAGCAGGAUAUUUUUGGGACUGAUUUUAUUCCGGAUCUGGAUCGGAUUCUGGAUAUAUCGGCACCAUUUCCGGGGUUUGAGAAUAGUCAGCAAUCUUUGCUGGAUGAUCAAGAGUCAGCGAGUAGAAGGGCGGCGGCUUUUCAGCGAUCACUGUGGCUAUGGGUCCCCGAAAAGAAUGAACAUGCCUUUAGUGAAGAAAGGCGAAUCCCACUUCGCGACAGCGACAGCAUCCCGAUCAAACACCAAGACCGACUAGAAUCUCUCAAGAUCCCUGGAAGUCUAUCAUCAUUAGCGCGCGAUGAUAUCUUCAAGUUGGUGAUUCGGAUAGGAGGAUCGAGGCUGUCAGUCGCGGCCUUCCCGUCAGCGGGAUACCUCGACACCCUGAUCAAAGUCGGGAUUGGAAAGCGCACAGAAACGGAUGCGUGGAUACAUCCAUACACCUUUUAUGAUCCAGAUUACCAGCAAUUACGACCUGAACUGUUGACUGCUUUACUGGCCGCAGGGUGUGUCUGUUGUGGACUGCCUUCUAUCAGCAAGACGGGGAUUAUUCUGCAAGAGAUUACGAGAGUUGGUCUGGCGCAGCUUGUCGAGGACGAUAACAGUGUCUUGCGGGAUUUGCAGUACCUGCAAGCUUCGAUGAUGUGGCUAGAUAUUGGCGUGUUUUGUGGCUAUACGCGGAAUAUGCAAAUCGCAGAGAGCUAUCUUCAACCGCUUUGCACUGCUCUUCGACGCUCGGCCGCGUUCGACCGUUCAACCCAUUCAGCUAUUACACCCUUCUCAUUCGGGGACGAUGAUGUAUCGUUGCAGCGGGCAUGGUACAGCUGGGUACGACAGGAGUCAUUGAAAAGACUCGUUUACCACCUCUUCGGCCACGACGUAGAAGUCGCCACAUCCAUGAACCGUCCUGCCAUCACCUCCUAUACAGAACUCACGCUCCCUUUCCCUGCUGCUCGAGACUUAUGGCUCGCCUCAACAGCAGCGGCAUGGAGGGAUAUUUGGACCAGUCGAUACCGCAUCACAGCGGUAUCCGUCCUGAAUCUGCGUGAUCUCCUCUCCGACCCAUCCCUCAUCAACCACAUCCCGCCCGAGCUUGACGCCGAAGUAGCGAGAAGGGCACUUUUGCAGGGGCUAGCUGUGCAGACCUGGGAAUUUCGCCAACAGAUGCUGCUCUCGCAAGGCUGCUACGAUGCGGUUGUGGCUACAGAGCAGACAGGAAGAUCUGCAAGUCUUUCUACUCCCCCUUAUCGUAUUGCAUCUGCUAACAGAAGAGGUAGAUACACGACUCUAAAAAGCAUCAAAGAAGACUCUCCAAACGCACCAGCAGUCACAACUCUCCUCAACGAAUUCGUCAUGAUGUACCUCCACAUCGACAUAGACGGCAUCCAGCGCUUCGUCGGCAAACUAGGCGAGCUCGACGCCCGACGCGCAUAUCCAGCCCUCCGAGAUUGGAGCCAGACAAAAGAAGCGCGCACCGCCCUCUGGCAUGCCGGACAGGUCCUUCGCGCAGCACGUGCGGUCGUGGCGUACCAAUUCCGUGGCUUCGACUCCCUGUCAAUUUACCAUGCUGCCCUGGUCUUAUGGGUCUACGGACUACUCCAGUGCGGCGAGAAUAGAAGGUUGGAAAUUCAGACGCCGCUUAGUGAUGCUGAGCCGGCACCUGCUGUUGCGCUGGAUGGGCCUGAGGAUCACGCCGUCAAGGCUUUUGUGGGGCAUGGGAUUGGGAGGCCCGGUUUGACGAUGUUGCAUCCUCGUGGUGCGAAUGAGGGUGAUACAAAGGUUUUUUGUGAGCUAUGUAAGCCUCGUUCGGUUAUGGCUGUUGCUAGGCAGGUAUUUGAGGGGAAUUGUCCGUUGCCGUUGCCGGAUGAUAUUUUGCCGCCGAUGAUUCAGAAUUUGUGCUCUUUGAUUGAGGAGCUGGGGAAUCUUCCAUAG